CCCCCCACCCAAAAUAUACAUAUUUUUAUCUUCUUCUUGUACACUACAAGUGAUUCUCAAGUUUGUCUCUUCUUCCCUUCAAAGCAUCAACUCCGUAGCCUUUCCACGCCAAUUCAAGAACUUUCACCAGUUCACCAUUCACAAUAAUUCUCCUGAACCUGAAUUGGUCAAGCAAUGCCCAUCCACAACUUCUGGAUCCUCCAGUCUGUUUUCUUCCUGCUCUAUUGGGGCAGCCAAGCCAUUCCACCGCGACCACCAAUCCAAUGUGACCAGAACAAGACUAACUGCACCCUCUUCAAUUCCUACGGUGCCUGGAAUGAUCGGAAGCAAUGUCAUGUCCCCAACGUCGCAUACCCAACUACAGAAGAAGAGCUACGCCAGGCGGUGGCCUAUGCGAAUCAAAACAGACUCAAAGUCAGAGUUGUGAGCAAAUUCUCGCACACAAUUCCAAAACUGGCUUGCCCAUCAAACGGGAAUUCGUUGUUGAUUAGUACAAGUAAUUAUAGCUCCAACAUUUUGGUUGAUGAGGCCAACUUGGCUGUCACCGCUGAUGCUGGAGUGGGGUUACGCGAUCUGAUCGAUAAGGUUGAAGAGGCAGGGUUGAGCCUGGUGGCUGCGCCGUAUUGGGAGGGUGUGAGUAUUGGGGGAUUAAUUAGUACUGGUGCUCAUGGUAGCUCAUUGUGGGGCAGAGGAGGAGCAGUUCAUGAUCAUGUUAUUGGGAUUAGCCUUGUUGUUCCUGCAAAGCAAUCUGAAGGGUAUGCAAAGACAAUCAGAAUUGGAGCUCAAGAUCCACUCCUUAAUGCAGCAAAAGUUUCUCUUGGAAUGUUGGGUGUCAUUUCUAAGGUGACACUCACAUUGGAGAAAGGAUUCAAGAGAAGCAUAACUUACAACUUCACAGAUGAUGCUCAUAUAGAGGACAUGUUCAUUGACCAUGCAAAGAAGAAUGAAUUUGGGGAUAUUACAUGGUACCCAUCAAGGCAUACUGCAGUGUACAGAUAUGAUAAUAGAGUCCCUUUAAGCACCCCUGGUGAUGGAGUCUUUGAUUUCCUUGGCUUUCAAGCAAAUAACAUUCUGGUCUCCAAAUCAACUAGAGCAACAGAGAAAGCAGCGGAAAACUCGCGAAAUGUGAAUGGAAAAUGCACAAUGGCAGCUACAUUUUUGGGGUACAAGAAACUAAUUGCAAAUGGUUUAAAGAGAGAUGGCCUAAUCUUCACUGGCUAUCCUGUAAUAGGUAAUCAAGGCAAAAUGCAAACUUCAGGUUCAUGUUUAUAUUCAGCAGCAAUCAGAAUUGAUAGUUCCUGUGCUUGGGAUCCAAGAAUCAACGGCCUCUUCUUCUAUGAAUCAACGGCAAUAUUUCCUGCUACCAAAUUUGGAGAGUUUAUCCGAGAUGUUCAAAGACUCCGCGACAUUAAAUCUGAAAACUUUUGUGGAGUUGAUAUCUAUAACGGGUUCUUAAUCCGAUUCAUCAAGGCUUCUCAAGCUUAUUUAGGCCAAUCUGAGGACUCGAUAGUGGUCGAUUUCAACUAUUAUCGCGCUGAUGAUCCUUUGACGCCUAGACUAAACCAAGAUGUGUGGGAAGAAGUGGAACAAAUGGCAUUCUUCAAGUAUGGAGCCAAGCCACAUUGGGCUAAAAACAGGAACUCGGCAUUCUUGAAUGUGCAACAAAAGUAUCAUAAUUUGAACAAGUUUUUGGCAGUGAAGAAGCAAUUGGACCCUCAAAACAUGUUCUCCAGUGAAUGGUCUGAUGAGAUAUUUUAUGGUAAAGAAGCUGUGAAGAGUGAUGGUUGUGCAUUGGAGGGGCAGUGCAUAUGUUCGGAUGACAGACAUUGUAGUCCUCUAAAGGGUUAUUUCUGCAGACAAGGACUUGUUUAUACAGAAGCAAAGGUCUGCCGCUACUCAUCAACCACCUCCAUUGCUUGAUAUAUAUAUAUAUAUUAAGAUUCAAAGUUCCGUUUUUUUUUUUUUGUAUAAUCAAUUGGUUGCUCGAAUAGUAUUGUUGUGCGUAUAUAGCUUGAGAUACUUUUCAAAUAUUUUGUUUUUGAGCCUCUCACGGAAACAGUAAUAUUAAUAUAUAUUUGAAGAGAUAUUAAUCUUAAAUUAAA